AAGUGACUUCAGAAAAAAAAACAAGCCCGAAGUCACAUAUAUAAUAAGCAGGCUUGUAAAUUUUGGUAAUACCCUGCUUAAAUACAGUAUCCAUAAAAAAGAAACAUCAAUCAACCUUAUGACGAUAUAGUGCACAAGCCUGCUGCCAUGCACCAUCCACCACAUCCGACCUAGAAGUCAAUCGCAGCUUUUCCAAACAGAAUAUCGAUGAUAUCCCAAAUCAGUGUGUGUCUACUGUACUGACACACUUCUUAAAGUCGGGUUCAAAUCGGGUCGGCUUUUAAAAUUCUGCAACAUGCGAGGUCUGGUCGGGCUCGGCCUGUAAAGAACGCGGGCACUUGUCAGGUCAGGCUGAAAUGUUUGGGCCUCUUUCAAACUCUGGUUAUCUGCGUAGAUUGACGUCACCCAAGAUGAUGCUUUUUAUAGUUGGUGUGAAAGAUGGACAGGAAUUCAGAGAAAUCAGCUAUGGAAAAAGGACACUACUUAGGGUGACUGCACCUUUGCAGGCAGACAUUGAAGUAUUACAGCAUGAUAUUUGAAAGAACAGAAAUCAUGUACACAGUGUAGUACCCAAAAGAAUAACAUUUAUACUUUUUUUAAAACACAAAGCAUCCCCACAGAAUUGUAUCCCAUAAAGCACAAGUGACUGUGUAUGUUCUGUAUCUGUGACAAACCAAAUAAGAGGACAGGUAUCGGUUUUGGUAUUUUAUUGGUUUUUAAUUACAUAUACAGGAAUUAUUUCUCAUUUUCUACUAAAUUUGUCUAAUUGGCUCAGUCCUGCUCUUAUAAGAACAGGAUUUUUAUCCAGCAUGCGGCCAGGAUCAAUUUUUAGUUCAAGUACAUAACUUGUAAGAAAGAACAAAUUAUUUUCAGUAAAACUAAAAAGUAAAACCAGUUACAGUUAAAAGAGCCAGUUACAAAGUCUUGGGUAUGUUUGGUUGAUCUGGGUCAAAACUGAAAAUGUUGGUUCAUUUUUAUUCUGAUUGUUAUUGUGAUUGUUAUUUUGGUACCUGUGAACUCCAGAAAUUGAUUUUUUUUUUCUGAAAUGGAAAAUGAUUUCUUUUCUCCCUUUUGAAAAAAUAUAAAAAUAGUGUUUAGUUAAAUAUGUUUUUGUUCCACAGUGCUCAGAUAUAAAUUGAUUAAAGCAGGUUCGUUAGAUGUGUCGGUUUGUCUUCUGCCGAGGUGGAACUAACUGAUUGUUUUUCCUAUUUUACAUCCUCUUUCUGUACAAUUAUAAAGAUACUUCUCUAUUAAACAUUAGAGGCAUGUUUCACACAACCAAGCCUACAGACACCAAGGUGGCAGGAUGCUGAAAGGCAUAUUUGCUUCUCUCAUCUGCAUCUACAUACAGGUUCCAGUGCAAAGCCAAACAGAAAAUGCACUUUCCAGUGAGGUCUCCGCAUACGAGGCGUCUAUACUGGCUCUGCUUGUUCUGCUCAGUCUUUUCAGCAUUGGUACUUUCACAGUGGUCUUCAUUGUGUGCAGAAAAAUUGACAAGAUAUGGAGGGACCUGUCGGAGAAAGAAGUACCCUGUGACUAUGUGAAUCAUCACGCCAGGCUCGGUGCGUCUGCUCUACCUUCCCCACUAUGGGAGGAGGGGGAGACUGCGCGCGCAGACAGCCAGGCGCCAACACGACCCUCUUCUCUCAGUCUCGCGUCCAAUCAAAAUCAGGAAUCGUUCCGGUCACCUGCGACCCCCUCCACGGGUCGAAGCACCCUAAGGAUGAAGCCCCCUCCUGACUACGAGGACACAAUGUCGCGGCUGGCGAGGCAGAGCAGGGCGCUGAGGUCGUUGUCGCUUGACGGACCUGUGAGAGCAGCGAACGCAUCACGUGACGACAGCCAGUCCCAUUACGUGGAGAUGAAGUCAUGCAUAAUCAGCGCUUUCUCCACCAAUCAGGGACCAGAAUCCAUGUAUGACACUCCCAGAAAUUCCCACGGCAUCCUCAGACGCGCCUCUGCUGCCCAGACCCCACCCUCUCUCAUGGGUUCUAAGCACUUCCGAAUCCAUUCUGACCCCAGCGGCUACACUGCACGUGUAGUACACCCCAAGAUGGCUGCACACCAGCCAAGAGAGCACCACUGUAGCAGGGCAGGCUUUAGCUCGCAGCCGCUGAGUCCUGGAGAAAACGGCAGAUCCAACUCCAUCACAUUAGCAGAAACAAUACCCUCUGGCCACAAGCGGAAAUCUACUGUGAGGAGCCACAAGCAGCCACCUGUUGACAUAUAACUCAGUUUCAGUGCAGUUUGUUUUCUUUCCAA